CAAACCCGAAACUAAUAGGAUUGAAAAGUGGAAAAGACGAGUUACAACGCGUUUCUAGAUUCUUUUCUUGAAAGAAUUGAAGUCCCAGAAUGAUUGAAAAUUUCCAGGAAAAUCCUCCUCCAUUCGCCCAACCAAAGCAAAGGAAAAAUCCAUUUUGUAAAUUUGACUUUUAACCUCUCUAUUUCCGUUUCUUUAAUUCGUAAAUUCUCUUUUCCUUUCUCUACGUAUAUAACAGAAAAACUAUCUCCUCACCUUCAACUUCAAUUCGUUCAAUCUCUGAACAACUUUUUUUUUUUUCUCGAUACUCAAUUAUGUCGAAUUCGGAUUCUGAUUCCUCAUCACACAAUGAUCCCGAUUACAAAAAAUUCAGACAAAUCACGCGUGACAGUAACUUGCAUUGGAGUUUAGGAUUAUUGCAUGAAAUGCUUGGGUCAGCGAAAACUGGAAGCUCAAUAUCAAACUGGAAGGUACUGAUAAUGGACAAACUUACGGUUAAGAUUAUGUCUUACUCUUGCAAGAUGGUUGACAUCAUACAAGAAGGAGUUUCAUUGGUAGAAGAUAUAAAUAAACGGAGACAGCCAUUGCCCUCUAUGGAUGCUGUCUACUUUAUCCAGCCAACCAAAGAGAAUGUUCUAUUGUUCCUAUCGGACAUGUCUGGAAAAUCGCCUUUAUAUAGGAGGGCAUUUGUUUUCUUUAGUUCACCUAUUUCAAGAGAAUUGGUUACUCACAUCAAGAAGGAUACAAGAGUUAUAACUCGCUUAGGUGCUCUGAGAGAGAUGAAUUUGGAAUACUUAGCCAUAGAUAGCCAGGGUUUUGUCACUGAUAACGAAAGGGCUUUAGAGGAACUUUUUGGUGAUGGGGAAAAUUCUCGCAAAGGUGAUGCAUGUUUAGAUGUGAUGGCCACACGCAUUGCUACAGUUUUUGCUUCAUUAAGGGAAUUUCCUUUUGUCCGCUACCGGGCUGCCAAGAUGCUUGAUGCAAUGACAGUUACAACUUUCUAUGAUCUAGUUCCCACAAAGCUUGCAGCCGCUGUGUGGAAUUGUCUCAUGAAAUAUAGACAAACUAUUGAGAAUUUCCCUCAGACAGAAACAUGCGAUUUGCUUAUCCUAGAUCGUUCUGUUGAUCAGAUUGCUCCUAUCAUACAUGAGUGGACAUAUGAUGCCAUUUGCCAUGAUUUACUUAAUAUGGAAGGCAAUAAAUAUGUGCAAGAGGUUCCAAGCAAAACAGGUGGUCCACCAGAGAAAAAAGAAGUUCUUUUGGAGGAACAUGAUCCCAUUUGGCUUGAACUUCGUGAUGUACAUAUAGCAGAUGCUAGUGAGCGUUUACAUGAGAAGAUGACCAACUUUGUAUCAAAGAACAAAGUUGCUCAAAUUCAACAAGGUUCAAGAUUUGGUAGUGAACUUUCUACAAGGGAUUUGCAAAAGAUGGUUGAUGCAUUGCCACAAUACAGUGAGCAAAUUGAAAAGCUUUCCCUCCAUGUGGAGAUUGCUGGAAAAGUCAACAAAAUUAUCAGGGAGUUUGGACUCAUAGAACUUGGGCAGCUGGAGCAGAAUCUUGUUUUUGGUGCUGUUGGAAUGAAGGAUGUGAUUAAGUUCUUAGCUACAAAAGAGGAUAUAACAAGUGCAAAUAAGUUGCGGUUAUUGAUGAUUCUUGCAUCCAUGUAUCCUGAGAAGUUUGAGGGUGACAAGGGUAUGAAUCUAAUGAAGUUAGCAAAACUACCACCAGAUGAUAUGACUGCUGUAAAUAAUAUGAGAUUGCUUGGGGGAUCAUCAAUUAGCAAAAAGAAUUCAGUUGGGGCCUUUGCUCUUAAAUUUGAUAUCUAUAAGAAGAAGAAGAGAGCUGCUAGGAAAGACCUCAAUGGUGAAGAGCAAAAAUGGAAGUUAUCACGCUUUUACCCCAUGAUGGAGGAACUAGUUGAAAAACUUAGCAAAAGAGAAUUAUCGAAGGAUGAUUAUCCAUGUGUUAACGAUCCUAGUCCAACAUUCCACAGUACAACCCUUCCUACGGUAUGUGAAGCUCCAGCAGCUCAUUCAAUGAGAUCCAGACCGAAAUCAACAUGGGCCCGACAACGGUAUUCUGAUGAUGGAUAUUCAAGUGAUUCAGUGCUAAGAUAUGCAUCUGGUGAAUUAAAGAAGAUGGGUCAACGUAUUUUUGUAUUUAUUGUUGGUGGAGCUACUAGAUCAGAGUUACGGGUAUGUCACAAGCUAACAACAAAGCUGAACAGGGAAGUUAUUCUGGGCUCAUCAAGUAUAGAUGACCCUCCUCAGUUUAUCAAGGUAUUUACUUUCCCAAGUAGUUCUUCCUAUCCAGCCCAAAUCAAUCUUGCAGUUUUUUGUUUUGCAGAAACUAAAGUCGCUGACUGCACCUGAACUUUCAUUGGACGAUAUCCAGAUCUAAAUGAGGUUUAACUGCACUUCUGAUCUAGAUAAGUAACCAUAUAUACAUGUAGUCUUAUCCACAUUAAUCUUCUAGCGGUUGGUCAAAUUGAAUGUCUCUUGCUAUCUGUCGUUGGCAUGUCUAGAAUGUUUUGGAUGUUGGUCAGGUGAUGUUUUUCAGUAUGUAUUAUAAUUAAUUCGGAGUCACUAUGAAAUUCAGUUGUAUAGUUUUUAUUACAUCUAAUAGAAAGCAAUUCAAAUCUGAAAUUUAAGGAUA